UCUGAUGGGCAAUAUUUUCAACUUAAUAUGCACAUUAGUAUUUGAAUACGUGAAUAUGAAUCAACCUCUUUUAUUUUUGUGUAUUGUAUCAUUGUUGUGAAGUGCGUUUUUUAAAUUAUUUGAAAAACAUGUCAUUUAAGCAGUUAUUGUUUUUGGCCCUCAUAAUGUCCACCGAAGGGUUUUUUAUGAACGGUUAUCCAAAGGUGAACUCUUGGCCGUUGGAAAGUGGAGAUGAUCCAGGAGUUCCUCUUUUAUUGACCCCACUGAUUGAAGCAGGGAAAAUUGACGAUGCACAAAUGGCCUCAGAGGUUUACUUUAAUGGAUUUUUAAAGAAAAUUAGUUAUUCUGGUUUUUUUACUGUUGACAAACUUUAUAACUCCAACAUGUUUUUCUGGUUCUUCCCCUGCGAAAGUAAUUAUGAAAAUGCUUCAAUAAUAUUGUGGCUGCAGGGAGGUCCUGGUGCUUCAAGCCUAAUAGGUCUCUUUUCAGAAAAUGGCCCUUUUAUAGUCAAAUCAGAACGUGGACUUAAGGAAAGGCCUUUUUCCUGGACAAAAACUCAUUCUGUACUGUACAUUGAUAAUCCUGUAGGAACAGGAUAUAGUUUCACUGAAGGUGGUUAUGCCCAAAACGAAACAAAAGUAGGUGAGGACCUAUACGAAACCCUCCAACAAUUCUUCACCCUGUUUCCAAACCUACAAACAAACGAUUUCUACAUAAGUGGGGAAUCGUAUGCAGGCAAAUAUGUUCCAGCUAUCGCCUACACCAUCCACACCAAAAACCCUUUAGCAACAACCAAAAUAAACUUAAAAGGAUUAACCAUUGGCAACGGAUAUUCAGAUCCAAUUAAUCAACUGGAAUAUGGAGAUUAUUUAUAUCAGUUGGGUCUGUAUGACGAUAACACCCGCAAUGAAGUCAAGAAGCUCGAACAAGAGGGUUUUCAAAUGAUCCAGAACAAAGAAUGGGCAAAAGCAGCCAACUUUUUCGAUAAUUUAAUGGACGGUGACUUCAGUAAUUCGUCGUUUUUUAAAAAUGUUACUGGGUUUGAAAACUAUUUUAACGUUCUUAACCCAGUUGACCUUAUAGAAUAUGAGCUUGGCCUCAUGGCUAAAUACAUUCAAAGGAAUGACGUUAGGGCAGCAAUACACGUAGGCAAUGCAACGUUCCAUGACGACAACACCGUGGAAGAACAGCUUUUAGAAGAUGCUUUACAAAGCGUCGCUCCAUGGAUUUCUGAGCUUUUAAGCUACUAUAGAGUCCUUAUUUAUAAUGGGCAGCUAGACAUUAUCGUCGCUUAUCCGCUUACUUUGAAUUACUUGCAAAAACUUACUUUUGACGGGUCGGAUAUAUACAAAACUGCUCCAAGACAUCUAUGGAUGGUCCAAGAGGAUAUCGCAGGAUAUGUGAAGGUAGCAGGGAAUUUAACUGAGGUGUUGGUGAGAAAUGCAGGGCAUAUGGUGCCGCAUGAUCAACCUCAGUGGGCCUUCGAUAUGAUUAAUAGAUUUACUAAUAAUAAGCCAUUUUUUUAAGUAGGUUUUAAUAAAAAUACUGAUAAUAAAAA